UAGCAAACCACUGCCCAGCGCUGACAACACCAGAAAAUGCUGUGAAAUCUGGCUGCAUUAACAACCCACCAAACACGGAAGUUUACGGCACUCAGUGUAUAUUCUACUGUCUGUACGGUUUUGAAGGGAAUGGUGAUAGCAGCCCAAUCUGUCAGGCAGAUAAAACUUGGACCAGUAAUAGUUUCAAUUGCAGUGCUGCACCAUGUUCAGUCCUAGAAGUUCCAGACGGGGGCUCAGUCACUCCAGAGGAAUGUUCAAUGGCUCCUCUCUUUGGACAGUCAUGUGUUGUAUCAUGUACUCAACAAGGUUACCAGCUUGAUCCUCCUAACUUCUCUGUGCUGUCAUGUCAGGGAAAUGGACAGUGGGCUCCAGGAGAACUCAAGGGGACAACUUGCAAAGACAUACAACGCCCAUCCUUUUCUACAUGUCCUCCAUAUCUGACUUUCAACCCUUCACCUGGGGAAAUUAUGGUAAACAUCUCCUGGACUCUAACACCUGAGGACAACAGUGGUGACGAACCUACCGUUACAUGUAACAAAGAACAAGGUCUGACAGGAGAAGGUGACUUUGAGGUUAGGUGCACAGCCACAGAUGCUACAGGAAAUAGCAAAACAUGUACAUUUGACGUUGCAGUACAGGUUCACAGAUGCCGUUCGUAUCUGCUGCCGUCUUUUGCCCAGUUUGCUGGUGUGUGUGAUACAAUAUGGGGUGCAGAGUGCAACAUAACCUGCAAUCCUGGCUAUCACUUGACUGGUUCUAGCACGGUCACAUGUGAUUUUGAUGGAACUACAACGAGCUGGACUGCACAAACAACACCGAGAUGUGAAGCCACCCAGUGCGAUCCUCUAGAAUUACCCGAGCAUGUCAACAUUAAUCCGUCUUUAUGCGCUGGACCAGAUGACGUGAGUGUAGGUACCAUGUGCACACCUUACUGCCCUACUGGUAGAGAUCUACAAGGCGAUGGAUCGUCGAUUGUUUGUGGAAGUGAUGGUCAAUGGAACAGAUUCAUUAAUGGCUCAUCAGAAGAUUUAGCAUGUUUGGACAUUACAGCACCAAUCUUGACAUCGUGUCCGCCUCCCAUCACUGUCACUCGGACUGAAGCUUGGGGUGUACAAGUGUGGUUUACUCCGCCUACUGCUACUGACUCUUUAGAUGGUAGCAGCCUCAUUGUCACAACGUCACCAUCUGAUCUGACAUCUCCAUACAACCUGACUCAAGACACUACAUUUAUCUAUACAUUCUCUGAUAAUGCAAGCAAUCCUGUCAACUGCUCGUUUCCCAUUUAUGUUCAAGAUGAGCUUUCCCCAGUUCUGGUGUCCUGUCCUAAUAACACAGAAGUCUCCACCAGCCAACAAGAAAAAGAGGUCACAUGGGAUCCACCUGAAUUCCUUGAACCUACGGGAGAUCCACUUGAUAUUUCAUGUAACUAUGACAACGGCAUGGCCACCUUAGCUGUUGACAAGGAUCACUUAAUAGAAUGCAGGGCUACAAACCAAGACAACAGCAAGACGACUACUUGCAGCUUCAUUAUAAGUGUCAAAGAAUCACAUAGUGCGGAUAAUUUGAAUCUUCCAAGUAAAUUAUUCUACUUCAGUGAUUCAUGUGGCACGAAUGAAACACAGUUAGCCAUCGCUACAGCAUUCCUAAACGCAUUCAACUCUUCAGGCUUUCAUGAAAUCUGCACCGAAGAAUGCACAGUGAAUAAUGUUCAAGUGACAUGUGGUCCUUCUGGCCGUCGAAGGCGCAAACGUAGAAGUAGACGAAGGCAGAUGGACACACCUGUAGACCUUGGCAUAUGGGAGGAGCAUUUGUAUCUACAACAUCCUUUCUUCAAAAUACAUAAGAGAUCAGCUCUUAAUUUUGAAAUCGUCAUAGGAUUUUCCCUUGAAACUAAUUUGAUCGUGGGCGAAGGUCAGACGGACUUUGAUGCAGCGCUAGAUGCAGAGGAUAAAAUGAUUGGUCUCGUGGAGACUCUCAUUGAGGAUGGCCAGCUGGACCUGAGCUCUAGUGUCGACGGUUUCACUGCUGUACUGGAUGAGAGCUCAUUCAACUAUGAAUAUGUUGAAUUGGUUUGCGUCCCUCCCUAUACAGCUAACAACGAUGUCUAUCGCUGUGUACCAUGUGGAAGUGGUUUCUACUAUGGCAAUGAAACCCAGGAAUGUAUCCAGUGUGAAAUAGGGACAUAUCAAGACACACAUGGACAGUUCUCAUGUCAUCAGUGCCCCGAAGGACAAUCUACUAUUGCAGUCGGAUCCGAGAAUGUGACCCAGUGCAUAGACAUCUGCCAGCCUGGUUAUAGCUCGUUCACCGGUCUAGCACCAUGCAACCAUUGCCCGAUAGGAACCUAUCAAGAGGAAUUCUUUGCUACAGAAUGUACCAGCUGCCCUGUUGGCACGACAACUGUAAAUAAAGGCUCUACUUCAUCUCUUGAAUGUAUUGAGUUUUGUGCAGCUGGAGAGUACUCUCCUUCAGGCUUCGUGCCUUGCAUGGCAUGUCCGCUUGGUACUUAUCAGAGUGGAAUUCAGCGAAGUGCAUGUCAUCAAUGUCCUGGUGAAACUACAACACUGCAGAAAGGUUCUACUGAUGCAUCCAUGUGUAUAUUGAUGAAUGUGAGAGCGAGCCAUGCCUACAUGAUGCAAGCUGCCUUGAUGGAACUAAUUCCUUCACAUGUAUCUGUGGAUUAG